AUGGCAGGAGACCCAGACCCAAAGCCAACCCAGUCUUACUGGACCUCCAUUGAAGCUGACAUCGCCGCUCAUUUGAAGAGAGCCAUUCCGAUCAGGCCACCGGUGUCGGUCUUCGAGCCCAUGCAUUACCUCACCUUCGCAGCGCCGAGAAUCACCGCAUCGGCCUUGUGUAUCGCGGCGUGUGAGCUCGUCGGCGGCGACAGAGACCAAGCCAUGGCUGCAGCCUCCGCCUUGCACCUCAUGCACGCCGCAGCAUACACCCACGAGCACCUCCCGUUAACUGACCGGAUCCGACCCAAACCAGCAAUCCACCACGCCUACAGCCCGAAUGUAGAGCUCCUCACCGGAGACGGAAUUAUACCAUUUGGGUUAGAGUUACUGGCCAAAUCAAUAGUGAAAAACGGAUCAAAUUCAGAUCGAAUUUUGAGGGUCAUCGUGGAGAUCACCCGGGCUGUUGGGUCAGAAGGGGUGGUAGAUGGGCAGUACAAAGAGUUUCUAUGCAGCCAAUCGAAAGGUGAGGAAUCAUGGAAUUUAGGAGAUAUAGAGUAUGUUUGCAAGAAAAAAGAAGGAGGGCUAUAUGCAUGUGGGGCCGCAUGUGGGGCAAUACUAGGAGGUGGGAGUGAGGAAGAGGUACAGAAGCUGAGAAAAUAUGGGCUGUAUGUGGGAAUGAUAGAGGGGAUGUUGUAUGGAGUGGGAAGAAAUAAGAAGGGAAUGGAAGGAGAAGUUGAGAAAUUGAGAGGAUUGGCUACGAAGGAAUUGGAGAUUUUUAAUGGUAGAAAAAUUGAGAAAAUUUGUAGCCUUGUUCAGGCUGGUCUUUGCAGUGUUUAA